CUAACCCUCCUGUCCGAUCGCCGUCAAUUUAUCAGCUCACUGUCUCAACUCCGCACUGCCUUCCCCUCUCCCUCUCUCGCUCUCUCUGAGACAUGGAACAACGCGGCAAUCUCUCUCCAAAUCCAAACGCCAACCCAAACCCUCCGAACCAGGAACCCGUAGCGCCACCGGCGGCGGAGGCGGUGGCUGCGGAGGCUCCUCCAGCAAAGAAGAGGAAGCUGGAGGAUGGGGGGUUCCAGAACACCCCCUACUUCAAGAUUCGCUGCAUGGUCCGAGAUCUUCGCCCUCUGUUCCUCGAGCUUCUCCGGACCCCAGACUUCAGGAACAGCAAAGCGGCUCAUGACAUUCGAAACCAGAUGAAGAUUAUGUUGGAAUUGUUAAAGCAACUGAAUACUGAUAUACCAGAGGAAGAAAAGCAGGCAGCACAAAAUCAAUCCGGUGAGGCACCUAAUGUAUCAGAUAAUAUCAUGGCGCAGAAAAAGGUUCAAGGAGCAAAGGCCACAGACGUAACAGAAUUUGCAAAGCAACUGGAAGAAGUGGUUCAGGAGACUUACAUGAUUGGUGGAUCUCCAGUUGGUUGGAACUUUCUUGUUUACCCUGGAAGCAAACCACUUUAUUAUGGUGUAACAAAAGCCAGUGUUCUGUCACGUCAAGUUGCCAAGUAGAACAUUGCAAUCCGAUGUCAGCUCCAAACAUUGAUGAGGGAAUCUGAAACUCGCCAGCUUGCAUGAACCAGGCAAAUCAAGUAACCAACUGCUGAAAGCCUGAAAUCAGAGGGAUAUAGAAACUCGAGGGAUGCUGUCAUGUGUCUGUUAAAUUUGGUGAGUUGUAGUUUGCCUUCAAUCGUGAAGAAAUGAAGGCAUCCUUUCCUUUGCAACCAUCUCUUUUACUAAAAAUGCAAACCUGUAAAAUAUUGUUACUAUGAUACUGAGUUUGCAUCAUUCCAACUUUUACUAGAAUGUGGAUUCAAAUUUUGGUUC